AUGGAAACUAGCCCAAGCCAAAGUGGGACCCCGGCGCCCUAUGGCCGAGCUUGCAUCAACUGCUCUCGCGCCAAAAGUAAGUGUAUUUUGCUGACAGUCGGCAGAGGUUGCGAGAGAUGUCAACGGUUAAAGAAAGAUUGUCGACCGUCGCCGACCGUACGAAAGCGAAGUAAUCGCUCGUCGGCUUCUAAAACUGCCCAACUAGAGGCAAAGCUUGAUAGUAUUGUUUCUUUGCUCCAAACUACCAACGCGAAUCCCGGUCUGCCGGCAGAUUGGGAUUCUAGCGCCCCGGGCUCAAAACAACCGUCUCCUUUUGCUUAUCGCAUGCCAACUCCGCCACCAACAGUGCCUUCACCAAAUAAUAGUUCAAUGGUGGAUGUGUGCACGUCUCUGCAAAUUUGCCCAGAGCUUGCCGAGAGCUAUCUUAACAACUUUCGUAAACAAAACUUGAAGGUUCUCCCUUUCCUUUACAUCCCAUCUCAUGUCACCUCUCAUCAACUUCGCAAUGAUCGGCCGUUUCUCUGGCUAUGUAUCAUGGUAGUUUGCACACCGGGCGAAAGCAAAAGAAAUAUGCUUUCCGCCAAGGUAACUGACCUGAUCCAUCAAGAAGUCAUCGUUGGAUUCUCUCCGAGCAUGGACAUUCUCUUGGGAAUUAUGACAUUUGUAUCGUGGACCACCUUCUCAAAGAGGCCAUUUCUCAACUUCUACACCCACAUGAUCAUGGGUAUUAUCUGCGAUCUAGGAAUUAAUAAGGCUGUCCCUAAAGAUCUAUCGACUUUGCAGGCUUUCAAAUGUGCAGUGGGCUGGCAACAAAACAUCAACACUGCAAGAACCAUGGAAGAAAGAAGAACUGUUCUGGGGUGCUUUCUCAUCACCUCCAGUGUUGCAUUGACUUUAAACCGGAUUGAUGCCUUAAGAUGGAGUCCACACAUGGAAGAAAAUCUGAACAUCUUGAUGGAGUCAAAAGAAUGCCCCGAAGAUGAAAUAUUGGUCAAUUUGGUCAGGAUCCAACUGGUGGUCGACAAAGUAUAUCAAGCUAGGCGAGAUGGUGAUGACCAGUUACUUUCACGCUUCUACAUUAAGUCUUUUCAAGCGCAACUUGAUGUUGUACGAAAGUUAAUACCUGCGCACUUGCAACAAGAUGAAACCAUCUUGAUGUACGUGUUCAACGCAGAAUUGGUCAUCCACGAGUGGGCCAUCCAAGCCCCUAUCGAUCCACAAUCCCCUGAGCUGUACCGUCUCGAAAGUCUUUGUGCUGCCCUCCACGCCACCAAAAACUGGCUCGACGUCUGGCUCUCGGUUCCUCCAUUUUCAUACCACGGCCUUCCUUUCACCACAUUUUUCCAGUUCUCUCGGUCCAUUGUGAGCCUAUUCAGACUGUCCACACUAGAGGAUCCCGGCUGGGACAAGACAAUGGUUCGGAAUACGGCCAAUAUUCUUGACUUCCUUGACCGAACAAAUUAUAAUAUGAAGAGAUGCAUUGAGACGGCUGUUCCUCCUGGCGACUCUGAAUGGUGUACCCUUGAAAAGGGGAUAAAAAUGGUUCAAUCGAUAAAGCAGGGAUGGGAGCCCAAGCUCAUGGAUGUGUGGUAUCCAAGUUUGCCCUCUGGUGGCAUGGCUGGUGACGAAUUCGUUCCACCUGCCCCCGAUCUCAUGUUGCCUAUUGACGGUCUGGAUGAUGCAUGGAUGAUGCAGAUAUUUGGUUCCAUGUGA